UUUUUUAAUUUGUACUACACAACACAUUUUUUUGAAUAAGAAUAUGAUUUUCGUAAAAGACGAAACAACCCAUCUCACUCCCUCCCUGGCAUCAGUUUCUUCCUCUUUGGGAGAAAAGGAUUUCUCCAUCGCCAAAAUUCUUCAUGUCAAACGUUUUUCUCGAACAUUAGGGCUGAGUUUUUCUCCAAUAGCCCGUCCCACUCCCGUCCCACGCAUCUUCGUUGUUUUACAGUCGUCCUUGUCGGCGGCGAAACUCUCCGACAACAAAAUGGCGAGCUCUAAAUCCGAAUCCCCAUCCAAUAAACCACUUUCCUCUACAGCAAAGCCAACAAAGAAGUGUAGUUUAUUAGGAUUUUUUUCAGUUCUCGAUUUUGCAGAUGUCCUUUUCAGUUCCAGUAACCCCGAAUCUCUCUCAUCGGCGAAAGCCCUAUCAAUCGGCUUAAUUUCAGAUCAAUCGGCUCUCCAAGCAUAUGUAUUUUACAAAUUAGCCAACCACCAGCUCACUACCUCCAUACCCGACAAAUUGGCGCAGAUUCGUAUGGACCGGGGGCGCGUACUUAACCCCAACAACGUCUCGAAGUGGCGGUGGAAACGAAUACAGGCGAAGAAAUCGAAACAGUUGCUUAAAAGCCUGCCUGGCCUGAGAACGCCAAGCCGCCCAAUUUGUUCUCCGCGAGCGCCGACGAGCUGCUACAGGUGCUGGCGGACUAGUUUCAGAAGCCCGACGGGCUGGAUCUGUGGUUGGAAAGGGACGUGCCGAAAGUGUUCAAGCACGAUAACAUGA